AAAAUGCCUGAUCUAAACGAUUUGAGACAAGUGAGAAAAAAUUUAAAAAGAACAAAAAUAACAGUAAAAAAAGAGGAUGGGGGAAUUCACCAAGAACAAUUAAACGAAAAUGGGGAAUUCGAAAUUAUUUUUGAGGAUGAUGGAAGUGAGAAAAAAGAAUAUAUUCCUUCAAAUAAAAAUAAAAAAGAACAAUAUUGGUAUGGAAUGGUAAUUGAUUUUAAACCUGAUUUACAAAUUGCUUGUGUUUCAGAAAAUGUUUAUUUGAGCAGUCAAGCAGUAGCUCAAGAUUUAGAAUUAUUAUUAACCAACAAAAUAACACAUAUAAUUAAUGUAGCUACAGGUGUUCAAUGUUUAUUUCCUGAAAAUAUAACAUAUUUGGCUUUAACAGCUUUAGAUGUUCCUACAGAAAAUUUAAAAAGACAUUUUGAUAAAGCUGUGAAAUUUAUUUAUAAUGCUGUUGAAAAUGGGGGAAAGGUAUUAAUUCAUUGCAAUGCAGGAGUUUCUCGUUCAACAACAAUUGUUAUUGCCUAUUUAAUGAAUUAUAAACAUUUGACUGUUAAUAAAGCUUUGGAGCAUGUUCGCAGUCAAAGACCGAUUGCUAGGCCAAAUGAUGGUUUUAUGUGUCAAUUAAAAGAAUAUGAAAGUGAACUUGGCUUGAAUUCUGUCGAAAACCAGUAG